CGCAUUUGGGACUGUUUCCUGUUGGAAGGACCGAAAGUGCUAUUCCGCUUCUCUUUGGGCGUUCUUUAUUUGCAGGAAGAAGCCAUCCUCGCCAAACACGACACCGUUUCCAUAAUGAGACAGCUGAAAGCAGCGGCCAAGCUUUGCUUUGAUGUGGAAGGACUCGUCUCGGCUGCCUAUGAAGAAUUAGAGCCUUUUCCCAAGAGGGACUAUCUAUGGCGCAGCCGAGCAGCUUUCCACAGUGUUCUACUCGAAAGAGCGAAGAAAAAAGAAAGAGAGCUGAAUGCAUUACGAGAAAGAGAAAGAAUGAUGGCACAGGUUGAGCUCGAAGGGCCUCACAAUCAUCUCAUAGAAUGCGCCGCAGUGUGGGGCAGGGAUAAAAUUUGGAUUUGUCAUGGUCAUCAUCAUGGCUCCCGGGUGUCAAUGAUACAUCUACAAGAAAAUAUAAUGUACCCACUUCGUAUAGAGUUCGAAUCUAGAGUGAUGUGUAUGCAUGCGCCAAAUGACGAUACCAUGUUGUUCGGGACGUAUUCUCGUUUCGUCCACGCUUUCCAUACCAUAUCCAGGAAAAAAAUGUGGGAAAUAUGCUUGAAUGCUUGUGUUUUGAGUCUCUGUUCACAUCAAAGAGACGGCGUCAAACAAGUUUUUGCAGGAUUAGCUGAUGGCACUCUGGCUGUUGUAGAGAAUGUUCAAGGACGUCUUCCAAAGCCAGAGGUGUUUUAUGUUGUGAUUGGGACGAUUCCUGUUACUUGCUUACAACUGGUAGGAAGAAGACUGUGGUGUGCUUGCGGCCCUAGUGUUAUCAUUCUUAGUGCUAGAACUCUAGAUUUAUUGGACCAGUUUCAAACUUCGUCAAAUGGCUUAGACUACAUUUAUCGCAUGGUGAUUGGUGAACAAGGUGUCUGGAUUACUUUAAGAGGAUCGUCCAUUUUGCAACUAUGGGACCCACACAGUCUAACCUGCCGGUUGCUGUAUGAUGUUCGAGAUAAUUACAACGCACGCGGUGCAAAGGUAGAUGAAACAUACACGAACCAUGCUAGAAUCACUUGCGUCUUACCCUUGGAGAGUUCUGCUGUGGUCGGUACAGCAGAUGGCACCUUGGUCUUUUACGAUGUGGUGGCACGAAAAUCUCCUAGUCCCAGUGCACCCUCCUCUCCAAGACCCCCCAGCAAUCCUGAAUCUGGUCACGCCAAGCAGAUACAGGAGAGGCUGCAGAAACUUUUAAUCGAGCAGCAACUUGCAGAAGGAGAUUCUGAUCUAAAAAGUCACGCUAGUGAGAGUCCAAGCAGCAACUUAACUCCAAAUAGCAAUGUCAGUCGAAGAGAAAGUAGUGCUUCCUCCAAGGACUCUGGUUCUGAUGUCGGAGCGAUCGAAGAAGAUGAGACAACAACUGCCAGAAGAAGUCCAUCUUUGCAACCACCAGACAUUGAAAGAAGCCCACGAACGUUCGGUCGAGCACUUCGGAAGACUUCUUUCACCAUAAGUACUCCUAUUGUUGAAGAAAAGGGUUUAAAAUUUGAUGAAGGGGAAGAAGAUGAAGUAGAUUCGAAAGAAGAAAAAGCAGAAGAAUCCAAAACAGACCAGCCUAAGGAAGAAAUGGUCACAGAAUCCAAGAAAGAGGAACCUGUUGUGUCAGAGCCUCAAACCCAGCAAUCUGAAUCUGAAGAACCUACAGGACAAGCACCGGAGGACAAAAAGAGAAAAUCAUCAGAACCCAGCGAAUUCAGCCGCUUUUCUCAUGUGGAUGCUGGUGAUUUGGUAUCAUCUGAAGGCAGUAAUAAGGUCGUGUCUGCUCUGGAAUUUCAGAGUGCUGCACUAAAAGCAGCUAAGAAGAAAUACCAAUCCUUAAGCGCUGAAGACAUCCCAACCUGGGUGGCACAGGAGAAACCUCAGGCAGUGAUUUCAGAAAAAGGAGCUGUCACAUUCGAGUACAAAAGUAGAUUGCCUUCCAUAAAAGCGUUUAUUCGUAGAGAGGCUAAUGAACUGGCAACUUUUUUGAAAGGCCAACAGCCUCAGGAGCAACGUGAGGAAAUUCCUGCCUCUAAAAGUCGCAAUUAUCCUUUAUUUAGUAUUCGGCCACCUACAUUAGAUAUAGCAGAUCAUCAACUUCCUCAAAAGCAUAUAAUACCAGAUGAAGAACCAAUCAGUAAACCAGAAACAGCUGAGCCGAAUCAAUUCCAACCUUCGAAAAAUGCUCCGCUCUCUUUGCCAGACUCGAGAAGAUCUUCAGGAGUCCCAGGAGCAGAAGAUUCCGAUCUUCCACCUUCUUAUUUAGCGAGCGAUGAAGAGUUCCUGAGUACAGCACAAUUCAAUGACCUUCUUCAGUUGCAAGAUUGGACCAGGACAUCUCGCAAAGGAUCAGACACAGCUAGUAACGUAUCAUUUGGAAGUACAGAAGUUGCUUUCGCUUUUGAAUUGCAUCUAAAGGAAAUGAUCAAAAUUUCCGAUAAGCCUAUCAGGAGUCUUUUACAAGCAUAUUGCGAAGAUGAGAUGGUUAUCAUAAGCUGUGCUGGAUAUUACUCUGAUGAUGAAGCCGUCCUGAAGUGGGUGAGAGAGGGAGAAGAAAAAAUGUGGACAAAUGAUCCUAUUGUAGAAGUGAAUCCUUUCACCAACACUAUGAAACCAUCUCUGUACGCCCGAUCGAGACUGCCCAGACGAGCGUCCAUAGCAACCACAGCCCUAGCGACGGAUGUGGAUUUUGUGGGCAGGGCUUCUAUCGAGAGCGGCAUUGCCAAAGUUCAGAACUUGCUGUCCAGAGUGAGCGAACGAACGUAGACUUGAGAAAGAAAUAGGGAAAAAUCUAUUUUAAUCAUAGUUUGAAUUCAACGUGAGAAGAUAGUGAAUCGGUGUUUUCAGCAGUGUGGGAAUUUGCUGUGAUAAAGAAAUUCACUAUUCGGUAUUGCCUAACACUGUUUCUGGUAAAAUUGUACAGAUAGAACAAACUAAAGCACUGAGUGUCUGUCCUGAAAAAAGAGACUUGGAAAUAAAGUGUUAGUUGAUCAUAUUUUGGUAAAUUCAUGAAAAAAAUACUUUAUUAUGUAUUAUCUUACCAAAUUAGUUCAUUAACGCUUUAGUUUACCAUUACCCUUUAUGUAUGAAAUUGUAUAUUGUAUUUAUUGAAAAGUGGAUGGUUAUAGUUUCUUGUUUACGGCAGUGGUUCUCAACCUGUGAAAUGAAAUUUUCUUGUGAAGCAUUAAAGUCAGACGGAAUAAGCAAAAUAUUUUUUAAACUCUUCAUUCAAUAAAAAUUUUAUAUUUUAUGUAAUAUAAAACUAAAUGCUUUUUUAAUAGAUACAAGGUGCUCCAGAUAUAUUUGAAUACAAUGUAGCAUUUAGAAACAAAAUUAAUUCUGUUUGCCACAGAAUAUAUGCUCCACCAAGUUUAAACACUAUUUUCUAAGGAAGGUUGUAAUAAAUAACGAUAAAAAAACACAAUCCAGUUCGAUGGUAUGAGUGAAUUGAUGCAUUCUGAUGAUGAUUAGGAGAGUGCCAAAAACGGCGUUACACCGAUAAAGAGCUCAUAAUUAAAAUCUACAAAAGUAGAUUUUUAAUAGAUGUCAAAGGAUUAGCCUCAAUAAGGAACUCAAAAGAAUUUUCAUGGGCAUGUGUUUAGGUUCAAAAGAAACUAAAAACAGCCAAAGAUAAGAGGUAAACUGAUAACUGGUCAGGUGCAAAAUGGAAAAGGAAUGCUGAGAACUUAACAAAAUAGAUCACACUUUGAGUAUCUUAUGCAUGGAGUUCUCAAUAGCAGGUACAUCCCCUUUAUCAAUGACGAUUUCGUUAAUCAGCUUGAAUAUUAUUAAUCCGUUGCUGAGAAAGGUGCUUCUAUGUUAUUUCCUGGCCGAAACUCUCAUAGUGACACUUAUAUGAACUUUAUAAGACUAACAUGUCACUUACCGUAUAUUUUCAAAAAAAAUAUUACAUACAAUAAAUAUAUCCUUUCAUUUUCAAAAAUUCCAGAUGUAUCCGGCGUAUGUUACUGAAACAGAAUAUACCGAUGAAACUACUGACAAGCAUAUUCGAAUACUGUAGCCGGGUGAGUAAUUUGAUUCCAGAUUAAAAAGGACCACUGGGCAACAACAACUAAAACUAAAUUUAUUUCCAACUGUCGACAAUUCAUAUUAAAGCAUAAUAACACUUAAAAUCUGCAGCCAGUGGGAUAGAGAAAAACAGUAAAUUCUCGUCGAUCAUCACAAUAUAUAUAAUUCUGACUGAAACCCGAUUGCAUACCCAACACAAGAUCCAAAACCGGAAGAAUCACUGGCGACGGAAUUUGUUAAACUGGUUGAUGAUAUGCAGGUUCAAAAUAUAUGUCACAGGUUUAAGAAUCGAUCAAUGUAGUUCUUAUACUUUUCAAACUGGCUUUGCUGUUCUUAGUUUCUGACUUUGUUCUUAGACUUUGCAGUCAAAAAAUGAAAUCAAGAGGUGAUAAAUCGUAGUGACUAAGUAACAGAUUCAUGUGUCUGAUUAAAUGAGUCAGUUAAACUUAACCAAAGGUCUCUACCGUAUUGGUGUGGUAUAUUGAGCCAUGUUCGGUAACAAAAAAAAGGUUUAUUUUGAUUCGCUUUACUUCUAUUUACAAUUUCGAUAGCUAUUUUUGAAAUACUCUAUACGGCAAUACAAAAACUUUGUAUAUAAUUAUAAAAUUGAUUUGAAGAAUCUAUAAACUUCGAUGAAAUGGAAACAACAGCGCAAUUAAAAACUUGGAAAAAAAUAGUGCUGUUAAAACUGAUGUUGUAAGUUGGUUAUAGAUACUAAAGGUUGAGAACCGCUGGUUUAAAACAAAAUAUAGAUGCAGUUAUUAGAAAAUAUUGUGUGGAGAAAAGGACUUGUUUGUGGUUAGUCGCAGUCGUCAUUCCUUUCAGUCAUAAGUAAUGUAAUGUAUAAUUUCGAUGUAUCGAUUGAAACAUGUUGGUUACUUGUAGAUAUAAGGAAGUAUUUUCUCCAGUACUGUAUCCAUAGCGCACGUCUCCAUUUUUAUAUUUUGUAUGUGCUGGGGUGGAGCUUAUAUUGAAAAAAAUUAAGAUGACAUUUUAUAGAAACUUUUGGAAUGUAUCUUUUACGCGCCCGAUUUUUCCAAUGCACUUUCUA